AUGGGCGACCGAACGAACGCGUUUUCGAUUUUGCAGCGAACCCGGCAGACGCUGAAUGAUCUCAGCAGGUUCUUAACCGGUACUCCAGAAUUACCCGAGCCUCCGUCAUUCGUCAGCCUGAAGCCAGUGGCAAAACGGAAAAGCCGGGAAAUGAGAGCAACUUGGUGCCCAAUCCCGUCCACUUCCGGCCAAAACCCGAAUCGUCGACAUCACUCGUUGACGAGCAUGAAGACUUACUACGCUUUCGGAGCAAGGAGCCACAGCGCCGGUUCCGGCAGUCGCAGCUUCAACUCCCUCAACCUCGACACCUAUGGAAGUGAUUAUGGGCGCAGGAGCUUUUCCACCCGAAGCUAUGGGUACGGGUACGUGCCGCCGAUUUCGGUCAGCACCCGGAUGCAGGCGUCCUACCCUUCUGAACGGCAGAUUUUGGAAGACCCCUCCGCGUUGAUAUCAAAAUAUUGCCGCAGCCCAACUAUCUCUUCGAUUCCGACCACAAGAUCUUCCGGACAUCCUCUACAACUCUUUCCCCGAAUUCCGUCACUAGCCGUCACCAAAAAUCGUCAUCAAAUCUCUGCCAUCUCCGAGCUAAAGGAGGUCAAGGAAAAAACCCCAGAAGUCUCAAGGCGAACUGAGUCUUAUUUGGAGCUACGCGAUUCCCCGAAUCUGCUAUCCCCACCCCUGAAAACUGAUAGGGCCACUUCCGCCUCAUUAGAGAUUCUUCCCCAAACUGAUGAGGUCGACGACUUGAAACGCCAGAAUCGAUUUCUGGAGGAGGAGGUGGCGAGGCUGAAGCUGUUGUUGAAAGAGAAGGAGCGGAUUGAGCAUGAGAUAAAAAGGAAACUCUUGGAAGUCGAGGCUGAGGCUAAAGUUUGGCGGAACAAGUGCGAGCAUUUACAGCCGAAGGUUAUACAGAUCACUGAGCCGUCCAUUGACCAGGAGCUGCUCGAGAAGUUGGACAGCGCGACGGACAAGCUGACAAAGCUGAACUUUGCUCAUGAUAUGAAGAUGCUGCAGAGUCAAAUGGAGACCGCGCUUCACGAGAUGUCGUCG